UAAUAAACUCAGCUAAAAUAAAUUCGUCUGCACUCAAAAGUCUCCGCAAUAAACCCCUGUCCCCCUCUGAAGAAAAAGCUCAGAUCCAAAUUCAAAUUCAAACCUCCAUAUCCGAAUCAUCCGAUGGAAAACUCCGAUUCCACGGCCUCUGUUCCUCCGCCUGCUCCUCUCUCCGUGAAGAAAGAGAAUGUGAUGCCGAUCAACCCUAAGAUUGCAGAAUUAACUGAGUCGCGGCAGGAGCUUCUCACUAGAAUACAGAAACUAAAAGAGGAUCUUCAAGGUUGGAGGACGAAGUUAGACACUCAAGUUAAGGUCUACCGUGAUGAACUUUCAGAGCUUAAGAACUCCCUAAAUACUGAAGUAGAGCAACUUCGAUCAGAUUUUCAAGAGCUUAAGACCACUCUUCAGCAGCAACAGGAAGAUGUUACGGCCAGUCUGAGAAACCUAGGGGAUGUUUCAGCAGAAGCCAAAGAGACUGAAGUUCCCAUUGUUGAAAACACUGAUGAAAAUGUUCAAGAAUUCCCAAUAGGCGAUAACGGUAAAGAAAUUGAGUAAAUCAAAUUUUGCGCAAUGAUCUGUUUAAUGAACGAUCCCAUCCGGGGUUGGUCGUUUCAUAUCUUGUAUUGGAUAACAAAUUGUCGCACUGAAGAAGAUGAAGCUGUCAUCUUUAAUCAGUUGUCACCAAAUUACAUUAUCUUGGCUGUUUCCUUUGUCGAUUUUGUAUCUGAUGCAUAAAACUAGUUGAAAUUAUUGAGAAAUCUUAGGGUAUGUUUGAUAAGCCAAAA